AUGGUAAACAUAUCGCUCGACAAUACGCUUGGUGUAUUCUUUAUUGGUGCUACAUUGUCCAACAUUCUGUUUGGAAUAACAAGUCUACAAUCCGCAAUAUACUAUAAAAAUUACCCUAGUGACGGAUGGAUCUAUAAAGUCUCGGUGGGGAUUAUCUGGGUCCUGGAUGCACUCGAUGUUGCAGUCACCACCCACGCUUCAUACUUCUAUUCUAUUACGAACUUCGGCCAUCUGCCAGCUCUUACUCAACGCGACAUUGUUUGGAGCCUUAAGCUGCACAUCUUGCUUUGUGUCCUCGUCCGAAUUUCUGUUCAAGCGGUGUACGCUCUACGCUUAUGGAAACUUGGACAAGUUAUCGUUACUGCUGGCAAUGCUGGUACGGAGAAACCUGCAGUGCUCGAGUAUAACCCCGUUAUUGACAAACAUAACUCCUUGCUAGGUUGCGGGAUAUAUCUUAUUAAAGAUGUGUAUGAACUUACCUUUUCCUCGCUAUCUGUUGCCGAUAAUAUUUUCAAUAGCUAUUUGGUAUCCAGCUUCUCCAAAACACCGACCAUUGAGAGCGCUCUUAUCUCCAUGUUUGUAUCAAGUGUAGUAGCCGAGUUCGUAGUAUCUAUCGCUAUGUGCUACUGUCUGGACCGGACUACUUCAGUCUUUCCCAACACCAUUACGACACUUCUCACAUUGAUGCGGAUGAUUCUAAUGUCAGGGUUUAUUACCAGCUUUUACUCAAUUGUUAUUCUCACUACGUUUCUCCUCUGGCCAAAUACUCUCAUAUUCCUCGGCGUCGACUGUUUACUUCCCAAAUUAUUCAUUAACUCCUUGUUAGCUAUGCUUAAUGCACGGAGGGAGUUCAGAAACGUUGACAAUUCCUUCCGCCUACCAACGAUUGUCUCUUCAGGAUUGACAUCUGAAAGCGCGAGCGGCCACCGUGCGAAUAACGCCACUGUUGUAUCAAUGAAGAUUGAAUCGGAAACUGUUUAA